GAAGAUAUGGCUGACGACCCUGAAAUUCAAAAUUCAAUUGAAGAUCCUGGAAUAGAUGAUGGACUAUCUGACGAUGCCCUAAAGGACGAGAGUAUUGUUCAAACUGAUGAACUAGGAAGAACUAAAGACGAAGAAGGUAUUCCUCUUGAAGACCUUCCACUUGAGAGAAGGAUACAAUUAGCCAAGAAUUGUGCUAACCCGUAUGGAACCCUUAAGCCUGGAGUGUGGGUAGACUCUAUUGAUACUAUUAAUGCUUGGUUAGCAUCAACUAUUGAAGAGAUAGAUGAUAACAACAUCAAAGUUCACUACGAUGGUUGGCCUAAUAAAUGGGAUGAAUGGAUGAGGAUUGGAUCCUACAAGGUGGCUCCUUUCAGGAAAAACUCAGUAGGAUACACAGGCCAGACGAAAAUAGCAAUGAGGAAGAACGAAUAUAAGCUUGAAGAUUACCAGUGCUUCAUGGAAAAGAUGGAUACCUGUAUCCAAAAUGACUUGAAAGGACUUGGUGCUAUCGAGACCACUCAAUUUUAUAGAGGUACAUUGUUUUCAGCUUUGGAUACAAUCAUGGGAAGAAUCUAUGAGAGUGAAGAUGGGAUCCUUGAGAUCUCAGUACCCUUCAUUAAGAAGUGUCUAGAGCUUAUCUGUACCUACUUUAAAGUGGUUCCCAGCCUAAUCGAGAAGUUUGAUGAAGCUAAGAUGUGUGCAGACCUGUAUCUUGUAGACGAAAAUGUAGCUAUAGCACUAUGCCAUAAAGAGUUCAUUGAAAUGCUGAAAACAGUUUUCUGAGGAAAUCCUAGAUGCCUUAGAUUUUAUGUUAAACACGACAGAGAUCCAGAAGAACCUAAAACAUCCAUUUGUGUUCCUUAUAAGAAGAGAGAUUCUGACCAAGAUAGAUUCAUUGGAGAGGAGGUAGACUACGAUGAGCUCAGAGAACUUAUGUUUGAUGACAAAAAUCUUGGCUUUGGACUAUUCUAUGAAUUUUUGGACCACUUUCAAUUUCAUGGAGGAUUUGAUUUGCUAAGAAAAGUACUUCAAAGAGUAGUUCCCUUUGAAGACAACCCUGCAUUGCCCUUAGAUCUGAUUCCUGAAUUCACAUCUCCUUUCAAAUCAUGCUCGAGUAUACUCAAUCCUGAGUACACAAGAGAGAUGGCGGAGGAACUGCAAUCCAUUAUUGUUGGAAGACUCAAGAAUGUGUCUGAUGAUUCUAUGAAGGAGAUGGAUAAGAACACUAUCCACCAUAUCAUGAGUGAUUUUAGAGAUUUCCUUUGCCUCGGACUCCCUGAAGAAGUUGUUGAUGAGCAGCUUGAGUCUGUCAAGCUUGGACUUGCACUUCGAUUCUUGAAAUCUCCUGAAAUGAAAAAGAGACUCACUGGUAUUAAUGAAAUAAAAUCCAUUGUUAAGUCGACAGAAAGAGUUGGCACAAGAAUGGUACAUCCCAAAUGGCAAGAUGAUGACUCCCCAAGGAUUAGAUCAAGAUGGUUGAAGCCAGAGUAUCUAAUCAACUGGAUUGAAGAAAAUAAGCUUGUUGAGUUCUUACUUGGAGAAAGCUCUCAUGUUGAGGUUAUUAAGAGAUCAGCUUCUCUCCUUGUAUUUUUAGCCAGUCACAAUCAUUUAAGUUUAAACCACCUUGAAUUACUAUGGAAGUCACAAGAAGAUAAGCACGAAGCUACUGUACUUGGUGUCUAUGAAACAAUAAAUGAGAUUGCUAGUUCUCUUAACCAAGAGUCUAUCCUUUAUCUGUUUGAAAAGAUCAACUCGAUGCCAAUCAAAAAGUAUAAUGAACAGACUGUUAAAUUUGUCAAAGAGUUCACUCUUAAGAGCUUUGAAGUCUUCAGAAGUUUAAAAGGAUCAGAACUCGUUGAUGUCAACUCAGAUAAUGAUGAAGAAGAAAGUAAAAUCAAUGAAUUUAUUGUUGAUAACGCUAAAGGAAUCAUUGAAGGAACUGUAGCUGCUCCUAACUCAGAUAUGCCGGAGUUUGGUCUCCCUAUCUUAUUUGAAAUUCUCCAACAAAAUUCUGAACUAGGAGGUCAUACUUUAUCAGAAUUCAUUGACUUACUUAAGGAAAGUACUUCAGACUCUUGCAAAGCUUCAUAUAUCCUUAAGUGUAUUAAGAAUAUGAUGGAAGGAGUGGCUGUCUACCAAUCAAUCAGGAUCUUCAUGAGCGUCUUUAAUCUAGCAUUUAAUUACAGAUCCUUUGAGAUUGAACUUAACUCUGAAGUUGCUAUCAAGAAGCUUAACGACCAAUUCGACUUCAUUUCUCUGACCAUUAAGAACAUAGAGAGAUACAAUGCACUUGUCCAGAAGCAGAUGGUCGCCUCUGUAAACAAGGGGCUUGUACCUGAAAAUGUCUCAAAGACUAAAUUUGAGGGAAAUGUAACUCAUGCUGAACAACUAGAUAAGCUUCUUGAGUUUAUAGAGAAUAUAAUUUCUAUUUCAGAUAACAGAGUCGAGAUUGGAACAGCAAACAUCCAAAAAUUAUGGAACAUUUUUGUCAGUGCUUCAAGUAUAGAAUUUGACAAAAACACUUUCUUUAAGUGGCUUUGUAAGGAGAGCGCGGUCUACUCAACUUCAAUGAUGAUGAGCUCUAACCAGUCACUUUUAAAUGAGGAAGAGAAGACAUUCUUGUUUGAACAAAUCUUAUGUAAGAAUGAGUAUGUCCAAAAGAAAGAUAUAUCUCUAAGCUGCUUUAAAUGCUUUAAGAAGUACUUUGGAUUAGACAAUAAAUACAUAGCCUUCAGUCACAGAUCAUACAAGGUAUUCUCAUUUGAUGACAUCAAAGGAAUGGAUAGUCUUUGGGAAAUAGUACUUUAUUGCCAGGACUCUAAAGUAAAGGAAGACUCUCUGUACCUCCUCUGCUGAUUGCAUCUUCAUUUAAGUCCUCAAAGUUUUGACCAAGAAGAGAAAGAAAAGAUUUGGGCUAUCUUUGUGAAUAAGUGUCUAGAUCAUCUUAAGUCUGAUGAUAAAGCUAUAAUAAACUCAGCCAUCCUAGCUUUGAAUAAAUUCUUUGAUACAUUUGAUGGCAAGAAUAUUGAAGUUGAUGAAGUUAGCAGCUCUAGUUGCUUCCCAAUUAGAGUUUACUCAGCUGAUGAAAACUCUGAGAAAAAUGUGCAAGUUCCAUACACAGAAAAUAUUUUAUAUGCAAAGAGAAAGAUUGCAGAGGCUUUUGACCUUGGAGUCAACGAUUUCACUAUCUUUGUGGGAGGGAAAUCCCUAGGACCAGAAGAAAAUGAUACUGCAAUCAGAGAUAUUGGAUUCAAUGUUAUGUACAUGAUCAGGAAAAACAAAAAGGAUGCUUCAGAACCUCAUCCCAAGAAUAUUUUAGUGGGUAACCAAGAAUUUUUUAACCUGAUGUUUGAUCUUCUCUCCAAUGAUGAAGAUUACGAUGUGGAUAAUAUCUGGAAAUUGCUUAUGAAACUCCCUCAAGACGAAGUCCCUACUGCUAUUAAGCUCAAUAAACUAGACAUUAGUUCUGAAGCAGAAUGGGAAGAGCUGAUAGAUGGGCACUCCUUACAUAAGAUGCUAUACUCCCUUCAGAUUAUCAGCAAUAAAUCUCAAAAUUCUGAAAAUGAAUGGUUGGCUAAGUUCUUAAUGAUUGGAGGAUAUCAACACCUCUUCUCAACACUCUUAAAAAUUGAUCCUUCAAAGAUCAUCUCAAACCUCUCAUUUAAAUCUGUGGAUAUUCUAGUGAGGUUGAUUUGUAUCUCAAUGGAGAAGCAUGACCAAAUCUCAGAAAUCGAAGGUGCUCCUAAUCUUCUCGAGAUCUACAGAGAGCAUUCUAUUGUAGCUAUAGAUAAAAUACUGAGAAUUAUCCAUCAAAUCACUCUGAACUCUAUCAGUGAUUGUAAAAAGAGAGGUGAUUCUUAUGAUGACUUGUUCUACAAGAACAAGAAACUUGAACAACAAAGUAUGCGACUCCUAUCUUACUACGAAAAAUCCAAGAGUGACAAUGAACAGGAGGAACAAAAUACUUAUGCUCGCAAAAUCAAUGAGCUGAACAAGAAGUUUGAUGAAGGAGGAAAGUUCAUUCUUCUCUCUUUCAAGUUGUUCUACUACCUUGACUGUUUCAACAAUGAGACCUGUAUCCAACAGUUUAUUGAGUUCCCGGAUCUUACAAGUCUUCUAAGAAAUAUUCUCUUUGUGACAGACAACGUCUACCUCAGAAAUAAUUUUGGAGAUAGCCUGAAGGAAGUCUGUGCUAAUGUGCAAAAUGAGUUACAGAUGUUUUUGGAGUUCAAGAAGAUGAUCAUGCUCAAACUUAUUUAUGACAUGGAUGAGGUCGCUUCUGAAAACCACACAAGAGCAUAUAAAGCUAUCGAGAUAGUCCAAAAUAUCCUCUCUGGCACAAGAACAUACCAACUUGAGAGAAUGAACAUUGACUUUGAAGAGAUCUUGAAGAGAAACGUCAAAAUUAUUUUUGAAAAAGAAACUAUUGAAAAGAGCUCAAACGAGUUUGACCAUAUUAUCUUUGGAGCUAUGGGCCAUACCAAGUUGAUAAUUCAGCAAUUCCCUAGGUAUAAGGAUAAAUAUGGAAAAAUUCUAUUGAAGUUCUUGCUUCACCAGUGCUUAUUUGAGGUUCCAAAAUCCGCAUGAAGCAUGAAUAAGGUUAGACCUCCAAAGUGCAAAUCCUCAAAUUCUAGAGUAGCAGCUUUCAGUUUAAUCAAUGUGUUGUGUAGAGAUAACAUUGAAAAUAUUCAAGUCGUUCUUAAAUACCUUACUCAUCUUGAAGAUAAAUCUGGAUGGAGAACAAAACUAUACAGAGAUUGGACUAUCUCACCUCAUACAGAUGAGAAAUCUCAAACUGGAUAUGUUGGAAUUAAGAACUUAGGAUGUAUCUGAUACAUGAUUUCAAUGCUUCAACAGCUAUACAUGAUUCCUUCAUUUAGAGAGAGUGUUCUUGCAAUUGAUGAUCCAAAGAAAGAAGAAACACCUAAAGAAGAUAACUUGCUAUUCCACUUGCAAUGCAUCUUUGCAUUCUUGAACCAAUCUGAGCAGCAGUACUUCAACCCACAAGGGUUCACUAAUGCCUUUAAAGACUGGGAUGGAAAUCCUACAAAUGUUCUGAUCCAGAUGGAUGUAGAUGAGUUCUUUAAUAUGUUCAUGGAUAAACUUGAGUUUGCCAUUAAGGGAUCAAAGCAAGAGAAAAUGAUCCAGGAUCACUUUGGUGGUCAAUAUGCUAACGAGCUUAUCUGUAAAGGCUGCCCACAUUAUUCAGAGUCUAAAGAGCCAUACCUUGCAGUCACCCUCCAAGUAAAGAACAAGAAGAGUAUUAAAGACAGUCUAGAAGCUCUGAUUGAAGGGGAAAUGCUUGAUGGAGAUAAUGCCUACUACUGUGAGAAAUGUGACAAGAAGGUAUCUACCCUCAAACGUACUUGUAUUAAGAAGCUCCCAAGACACUUAAUAAUGGUAUUAAAGAGAUUCGAAUUUGACUACAAUUACAUGCAGAAGUUGAAAGUAAAUGAUUACUGUGAAUUCCCAGAAUCUAUCAACAUGGAGCCUUAUACCCAGGAAGGACUGAAAAGAAGAGAGGAACAAGCUAAGAGAGAAGAGAAGAAAGAAGAAGAUGAUGAAGAACCCUUAGAGCCAAAAUACCCUCUCGAGCUCUAUGACUACAAACUCUCAGGAGUCUUAGUACAUUCAGGAGUUGCUGAUGGAGGCCACUACUAUUCAUUCAUCAAAGAUAGGGAGCUUACUGAUAAAGAAAGAUGGUAUGAAUUCAACGACGAACUUGUGAAAGACUUUGAUAAGGAAGACCUGGAAUCUGAGUGCUUCGGAGGUGAAGAAAAAUGGGGAGAUAGUCAAUUUAACCAUUUCUUAUCGUUCAAGAAUACUGAGAAGAAUAGAAAUGCAUAUGUGCUUUUCUAUGAAAGAGUAUCUAAAGAAGAUAUCCCUUAUGAAAAUGAAGAUGAAGAGCAAUCAGCCCAGCCAGCUGAUAAUAAAGAAGAAUCUGAUAUAGUCAUGGAUUCAGAACAUCACGAAGAAGAUAUUGAGCCUUUGGAAAUGAAGAGAAGCAAUACUAUCAAAGUGCCUAAUGAAAUAGGAGAUAUGAUUGAAGAAGAUAAUAGAAAGUAUUGGCAAUCUAGAUUUAUGUUCUCAUCCCAAUACAGCGAUUUCAUCCUUGAGCUCUGAUCUUUAUGGAACACAAGAAACAUCACAUUGUACAAUUAUGACACUAGAAAUAGAGACUAUGCACAGAAAGGAAUAGAUGAAGCUGCUUUUAAAAAUGAGAUUAAGAGAAUUAGUGAAGUCAAUAAAAUAAAUCAUUCUGAACAUUAUUCAGCAAAUAAGAACAUCAAGGUGUACAGUGAGAAGGUCUUGCUUCCAUCCGAAUCGAUUGAUAUUUAUCAGAAAUAUGGAGGUGAGAAGAUAGACAUGAUCGAAUUUGAAAUAUUCAAGCAAGUUGCUACCUUCUAUCUGACUGUGAAGCAAAGAGCAGUCCCUAAGGAAUUGGUCCCAGAAAUUCUGGAUUUGAUCAAAGCUUAUCUUAAUAAAAGCAUCAAAGCAUGCAGAUGGCUUAUCACCCAGUUCUCAAACAAGGAGGUACUCUAUGAGAAUUUAGUGACAUGUCCAAUUCCAGAUAUGAGAAAGCUCACUGGAGGAUUAGUUUACUGUGCUAUGAUUCAUCUCUACGAAGAAGAGAAGGAUAUCUUACAAGAAUAUUGGGAGUACAAAGCAGGGCAGAGAGAAUUUUACUCUAACAGCCAUCUGUUGAACUUUAUCAACUUGCUAAUCUGUAAUAUCGAAGAUAUGGCUAAUCAUACUGAGAAUAACAGCCAAUAUUUCUGUCUUCUAGCAAAAUUCGCUGGACUAGGACCACAAGCAAGGAUUUAUUUACUGAGAGCCAAGAUAUUAGCUAGGCUUAACAACUUUUAUCUACAAGAUUCGAGUCCUGAUGCUGACAAAUUUGAAGAUGACAAGACCUUGAUCUACGAAGAGAAUGAAACUCCAGAGGUUGGUCUCCCAACUAGUGUAGAAAAUGCCUAUAUUUCUAUUUGGGAAGAAAUGAUAAUGAAAAAGAGAGAUGCUGCAAUUGCUGAUGGUGUGCAAGAUUACGUUCACAUUUGGGAACUCUACAGUCUUUGCUUCAGAUCGUGCCAGAUCGGAGAAGCUUCAGACCUUGAUAGCUUCAUUGAUCAUGUGAGAUUCAAGGAACUUGAUGAAUCAGAUUGGAGAUUAUGCAUCCUUGAAGAGGUUGACUACAUUGCAUUAAUCAAGACCUGCACAACUAGGAUAGCUAAUAGGUUUAUGGGAGACUUCUUAAUUCAUGCAAUGAUGUCUGUGCCUGGCUUAGAGGACAAAAUUAAAAAUGUAAUGAUUACUGAAAUCCAUGAUAAGCAGCUAGACGAGAUUGAGUGAUACUUCCCUAUCUUUAAGAGAUACCUGCUGAUCCAAGAUGAUAAUGCAGAAAACAGAUUGGCAGAGGGAAUCAAGAGCUAUCUCCAGAUUAUUGAGGAUAAUGUCAAAUUCCCCUCAUUCAUGGCAAGAUUCACUGCUUUCUUGGUAAAGCUUUGUAAUAAGAGCAGAGCUGUUGCUGAAUACUUGGCUGCUUCGCCAGAUGAAUGGGAUUGGAUCAUUGAUUGGAUGAGAAAGAAUCCAAAUACUUCUAAGAACGGGCACAAUUUGAAGGUGUUCACAAGAGAAUCUGCUAAUUCCCAAUAUAAGAUCAAGAGAUUAGAAGAUAUUAAGAAAGGAGAAAUUACUACUUAUGAGAAUGAAUAUGACUCUGAUGAUGAUUUGUAUAAUGAAAAGAGCUAUACUGGAAAGAAAUACGAUGCCAAUUUCCUCGGGCAGGCUUGGGUUACUGCUGAAGUCCAUGUAGCGCUUGAUGAAAUGAUUAACAUUUCUUAUUCUCACAAUAACAUUCAUAAGUCUCCAUGGAUAUCCUCAGAGGUCUGUGAAUAUGCUCCUCAUAUGGCAAUGCAAAACAGACAUGAUGUUGUCAUGAUCGAAGAAUUUAAAAAGAUCAUUAGAGAGCAAUACAGAUCAACUAUCCAACAGCAAGAGGAUGUUACCAAUCAGAUGCCGAUGUCUGAUGGAAAUGGUAACUUCUAUGAUGAAAAUCAUGGCUAUGAAAGCGUAAGCGAUGACUAAUCGCCUUUUACUUACUUCUCAACACAUUCCAAUA